AUGUUGUCUUCUAUACAAUCUUUGUCCGUUACGAAAGAGUUCAUUUUCGUCACACUAAGUAGUAUAUUAUAUACUCGCUCUGUUUUCCCUGAAGAAAAUUUUGAAGGAAAGGAGUAUCAACUAGAAACUGGAGGUUCACGCUAUAUCAAAGUUUUACUGAAAGGUAUUUCUACUGAAGGGGAUAAUCUACUCCACUUAAUUCAAAAUUCAAUAUUCCUACUGUUGUCUCGUGCAAGUCUUAGUUCUGUUGAAUUAACUAUCAAUGACGAGAAAGGAAAACUUUUAGAGUCCUAUCUGCUUGUCAUAACUUACCCCAUGUACUCAUGCAGAAGAAUAGACAAAAAGAACUUACAUGGUGCCAACACAAGCACUGUAAAUGAUUGUUUCUUUAGAACUCACAGUAAAUUGACAACAUCAACCCAGGCUGCGAAUCUUCUUCCUACCAAGAAAUCUGUAGCCAUUAGUUUGAUUUCAAAUGCAAAGCAAAUGCCCCAUAGCGUCUCUGCUUGCUCCGAAUUACACCCACCAGCCGUACACGGCCAUUAUUCGCAGUCGUUGAUAACAAUCGGAAACCUCUAUUCUGUUUACUGCGAUGUCAAGAUUAAGACGUCACUUUUAGUCCACACUCCUUGCACCUCUACUUUCUUGGCUCCAAAUCUAAAACACGAAAUCACGAAUGAGCCUGGCUGUGAAUGUAACACAAAUAUUCUGGUUUUAAAAGAAGUUUACGGUAGGAGAAUAGGUCCUUGUAGAUCAUGUGUAAAGUGCUCAAGGAAAAUACAUAUUUGGUGCUAUGCCGACAACACAAAAAACAAUAAAACAGAGAUUGUGUGCUACAGUUGCCUCUGCAAUGAUUCUAAUUUACCCUCAAAAGUCACCAUGAUUAUGAGAGUCAGAUUCUUGUGGAAGCUCUUCCAUAAUUAUGACCUACCAGAAUCCACCGACUUCUUCAAUAUAUUGUUCUCCAAGACAAAUGUAGUGGAGUUGUUAAAUACAAUGAUAAAGUAUAAUAUACUAGAGCAUCUGACAAAUAUUUUACACAUCGCUAGCCAACCUCACGUAAUCAAGCCAAAGACUAAAUUCAUAAAGAUUGGUUUGCAUGGCCUUCAUAAUGGAAAUGGAUAUAAUUUUGAAAUAGGGGACGAACCUUAUUUUAUAUUUGCACCUACUUUGAGCAAUCAGAAAGCACUUAAACUUAGAUAUGAAAAGAGCACGGAAAGUGAGUUCUUCCCAAGUCAAAAAGUAUGCAGCCAGGAAGAAUUAGUAAAGUAUGUGGAGAAAUUAUGA